AUGCAAUAAUAAUAAAUUUAGUAUUUGUUGUCGUAGUCGCUGAGAUCAGAUGUGAUGUGAUGAACCCUCCCAGAAACUAGGGUUCCGCCUUCCCCAUUUCAUCUCUGAAAACCAACAAUUCCAAUCACCAUCCAGGUAUGCCGACGUUCACCACAAUUGCGUUACAAAAUCUACUCGAACAUCGUAUACCCACCAAAGAUUCUUCCUCAACUUUGAAACCCACAAAUCACGAAGAGGAUAAAGAAGAAGAAGAAGAAGAGCAAUUGAAACCAACAAAGAGGUUGAAUCACAUAUACAUAUCACCUGCUCUCUACACCACACCUAAACCCACUCCAAUCUUGGAUUAUCCUGCAUCUGGGUCCGUAUCCCCGUCUCCCUACGUGUUCAAUCGCAAGGGACGGGGUGGUGGUAAGUCGGCGAAUAGGCGAAUCGACGGGUUUGAGGUUCAGAGUCGUGGAAAUGGAGAAGAUGAAGUGGUGGAGAGUGGUUUGUUUAAUGGAGGGGGUGAAAGUGGAAAUUGUUUGGUGGCUGAAGAAGAUGAUGAUGAUGAUUUUGCGGAUCCUCGAUGCGAUUCGUUUAGUGUUGCCAGCUCGAAUGAUUCUGGGAGGCUGGGGAUUGAGAGUAUGAGUGUGGUGUCUAAUCAGAUUGGGGAGUUUUAUGAUGCUACUGAAGAUUUCUCUUCAGAAGGAUCUAUGCUGAGUUGUAGGGGCAACAUAGAAUCAGAGUUGCAUACAGCAAGGGCUAAUCUGCUUGAGGAGAUUGAGAAACGCAAGGCUGCUGAAGAUGACGUGGCUGCCAUGUCUACUCACUUGCACACAGUCAGCAAAAUUCUACUAUCUCAGACUGGUGUAACGUCUUCGUCAAAUGAGAGCCGUCCUACCCGGUUUGACAUUAAUGCAAUUAAACAGUUUUCGGAGGAAGUUAUCGUUGCUAGAUUUGUAGCAGAAGCCAUGGGGAAAGCUGAAGCAAGGGCCGAAGCUGAGCUGGCUGCACAGGUCAUCAUAGGAUCUAAAGAUAAAGACAUUUCCCGGCUGCAAGACAGGCUCCAGUACUAUGAAGCUAUGAUCCAUGAAAUGUCCCAGAAUAACCUUGAAUCUAUGGAGGUGGCACGAAGGCGUAGAGAAAAGAAAAAGGGACAGAGGAAGUGGUUAUGGAGGUGCAUAGGAAUGUCCAUCGCGAUCGGAGCAUCUGUCAUAGCUUAUUCAUAUGCUCCACAUCAUCAUCAGUCGUUGGAAACUGUUAAUGAAACACAGCCAGACGCAGCUUAAAGGCACCAUGUUUUAUCAGCGGUGAUGUUACUUGUUUACAUACAUAAUCACAAAUAAUACAACAUUGAUAGUAGGUUAGUUAAAUGAUCAAAAGGUUUAUUAUUGGAGUAAUGAACCAACCAACGGUCGUGUGAAAAAACGCUAGUGUUCUACACAGUUUUGCUACUGGGUAUAGUAGUAGUUGGGUUCGGCUUUAGUCUGGUGUCUGAAGAGUUUACAGAUGAAACGGAUUUGGUGAAAUCUUUGACAUGAUUUACUUGUUUGGCACAUUGCAGUGUGUGAUUGGUCUUUUUAUGGUUUCGUCAACUGUAUUACUUUACCUGUUCUUUGUUGAAACAAACUGCACAAAGAAUUUAUUUCAUGGGUACU